GGAUUGGUUUUUGUUCAAACACUGAAUUGAAAGAACAGAUUUUUCUGGCUUCUCUUGUCAUUUGGGAAUUUGGGUUUUGGGGCUAAGAGUUGAGGGUAGACGAUGGGUAGAGGGAAAAUAGAGAUAAAGAGAAUAGAGAAUGCAAACAGUAGGCAAGUCACAUUCUCCAAGAGGCGUUCUGGGUUGCUUAAGAAGGCUAAGGAACUCGCCAUUCUCUGCGAUGCUGAGGUUGCUGUUAUCAUCUUCUCCAACACCGGCAAGCUCUUUGAGUUUGGUAGCUCUGGAAUGAAGAAAACGCUCAAUAGAUACAACAAAUGUCAGGGAUCUUCAGAGUCUCCUACCAUGGAAUACAAGGCAGAGGACUCUAAGGAGACAGAUAAUCUGAAGGAUGAAUUAGCAAAACUACAAAAGAAACAGUUAUGGCUGUUGGGUAAGGACCUGACUGGCCUGAGCUUGAAAGAACUUCAGCUCCUAGAGCAGCAACUAAAUGAGGGGUUGUUAUCAGUAAAGGAGAGAAAGGAACAAUUGCUGAUGGAACAACUAGAGCAAUCAAGAGUGCAGGAGCAGCGGGCUAUGCUGGAGAAUGAGACUUUGCGCAGACAGGUGGAGGAGCUUCGGGGUUUCUUUCCAUCAACCAACCACUCAGUCCCAUCUUAUCUCGAAUACUAUCCUAUUGAAAGGAAGAACUGUAUCACAAACAAUGGUGUUGCUAGCUCUGAUGUGACCUGCAACUACACAGUUGAAAGGGGAGACUCAGACACCGCCUUGCAUUUAGGGUUGCCAACUGAUCAUUAUCACAAGAGAAAUGAAGCCGAGAGAGAAACGCAGUCCAAUGACUCAGAGAGGCAUUUACGGUUGCUGUGAUCCUUUGCAUCAUGUUGUUUGCCAUUAUCACUAAUAUAAGCAACAGAACCGGAAAUAGCAGUUGUGUAUUGUGUGGUAGUUUUUAUAACUUCCGCUAAAGCACCAAGUUAUCGAGAAACAGAGAAGUUAUCAAAAUGCAGGUAUAGAUGUUUCUUUUUGGGUGAAGUUUGCCAGUGAUGGUUAAUAGUUUGCCCUUAGCCCUCACAGUUUUUCCGUAGCAAAUGAAAAUUGUCUGGGGAACAUUGCAGAAUAGGUUUUUCUGUCUUGUAUCAUAUUUUAUAACUGUCUUAGACUUGCUGUGUUGCAACUCUCUUUAGUCUUUGUUGAUUAAAUUAGAGAGAUCAUGCUUGAUAUUGAAGUUGGUUCCCAACAAAAUUUGGUUUUCACA